AUGACCCACUUUCACCGUCAAGCGGGCACACUGUUUGUCGAAGGUGUGUCUGUUAGCCAGCUCGCUCAACAACACGGCACGCCGCUCUACGUCUACUCCCGCGCGGCUCUCGCAGAGGCAUGGGAAGCAUAUGCCGCGGGCACAGCGCUCGCCAAACGUCACUCUGACCCAAAUGCCAAGGUCAAGGUCCACGUUGCAGUCAAGGCAAACAGCAACAUUGGCGUCCUCAGCGUCUUUGCGCGGCUCGGCGCUGGGUUCGACAUUGUCUCUGCCGGCGAGCUCGCACGUGUCCUCGCCGCUGGCGGUCAGGCUAGUGACACCGUCUUCUCUGGUGUGGGCAAGUCUGCAGCCGAGAUGCGCUAUGCCCUCCAGGCGGGGGUCAAGUGCUUCAACGUCGAGUCUCUUCCAGAGCUGGAGCGGCUAAACGCCGUUGCUGGCGAGUUGGGUGUCCGUGCGCCAAUCUCCCUACGUGUCAACCCCGACGUCAACCCCAAGACACACCCAUACAUCUCGACAGGGCUGAAGGGCAACAAGUUUGGUGUUGCCUUUUCAGAGGCCCGCAAGGCCUAUGCUACCGCUUCCAAGAUGCCCAACCUUGUCGUCCACGGCAUCGACUGUCACAUUGGCUCGCAGAUCACCGAGACCGAGCCCUACCUGGAUGCUAUCGACAAGGUGCUGGAGCUUGUCGACGAGAUUGAGAGCGACGGUACUCCGAUCCAGCACAUCGAUGUCGGUGGCGGCCUCGGAAUCGACUAUGGUGAUGGUGGCUCGCCCCCUCCCAAGACGGCUGAUUUUGUGCGCACCAUCCUCGACCACAUUGACGACCACUCGACCAAGCGCCGCGAUGUUUGGUUUGAGCCUGGGCGAUCGCUUCUGGGUAAUUCCGGCAUCCUUUUGACAACAGUCGAGUACCUCAAGCCCGGCGAGGAAAAGAACUUUGCCAUUGUGGACGCCGCCAUGAACGACCUGUCGCGACCUGCGUUGUAUCAGGCCUUCCAUCGCGUGGAGCCGGUCAUCUCGCGUGACCCCGACCCAGAACCCGGAGUGCUUGCACGCACCUAUGACAUUGUUGGUCCCGUGUGCGAGAGUGGUGAUUGGCUCGCUCGUGACCGUGAGCUGCUGCUCGCACCAGGCGACACUCUGGCUGUCUUCUCUGCCGGCGCGUAUGGUUUUACCAUGGCGUCCAACUACAACACUCGACCUCGAGCAGCCGAGCUCCUGGUCGACGGUACCGAAGCACAUGUUGUUCGUGAGCGUGAGACAGUGGCGCAGCUGUUUGCUGGCGAGCGUGUGCUGCCGUGA